GACGAGCGGCCCUGCGCGGUCCAAGGACAAGAUGAGCUCAUCAUGGACAAGUUCAAUGUGGAGGCGAGCUCGCCAUUGACUGCAGACACGGUGCGAUAGUCGAGGCGUGGCUUGACAUCGUACCGUCUUACAGCUGCAGCUGCAUUGAUCCUUGCAGCCUCUUUCUCGGACAUGCGUGGGUCCUGCACCAUGGCGUACACUUGACGCACGCAAAGACGUCGACCUCCUCGCUGGCGAUACGAGCUUUGUGCCAAGUGCCACGUGACAUGACGACUCGCUCACUUCGGCCGAAAGCCUGGCGUCGGCGCUUGGAAUCCGAGCUGGCCUGAAUCAUGCGACGGACAAGCACCCGACCUCGAGACUCCAAUGCAGGCUCGCAAACUGUCACCGAACACGAGUCUGAUCAUCAGCAAGCGGACACUCCUCAAGCCGGUCCGGGUGGCGUGCUCAAGCUCAGAGGUCUAUCGACAAAGAAGUCACCCCGGGUCAAAUGGGACGAGGAAGUCGUCGACAAUGAAGGUCUGGGUCGAAAGAAGAGCAAGAUCUGCUGCAUUUACAGCAAGCCAAGGAAAUGGGACGAUCCGUUUGACGUCUCGUCCGACGAAUCCGAUGACUCGUGUGACGAAGGCGCGCACGACCAUAAGCACCAUUCGCACGACGACUCCGCACAGGCGAGCAAGUCAUCAGAAUCGAGCAGCGCCACUCAGGUCGUAGUGCCUCCCCCUUCGAACGCGUAUGAGAAGCAGCCGACUUACACUGGCAAAGGCAAGGGUAAAGCAAAGGCCGCUGAUCUUUGAGAUAGUCUCGCUGUAUCAAUUUUGUCACCAUGUCUGUUGUAAUCACGAGCUCUUCUUCACACACACUCG